UGAGAGUUUCAGCGUCGUUCUUGACUGUUGUUGGAGAAUGGCAGCAGCGGCAGAGAGCGGCGCCGCCCCCGGCGGCCCGGACGCGCCCCGGCAGCGUCAGCGGGAGAUAGAGUUCAUCGAGUUCGAAACGAGAAUGAGGCACCUAAUUGUAGAGGUCAGGGCACUGCAGGGGCAGCGUGGACACCUUGGAAGAUGCCUACAUUGUGCUUUGUGCACCGUUCGCUGCUCAGCUGAUAGAGCCGACCAUCCACCGUGUGACGCAGACGGAGUUGAGCCUCAAGAGUCUGCGGGAAAUGAACGAGAGAAUUCAGAAAGGUCAGCAAAAGCAGAGUCCGAACACCUGCGGGCCUUCUUGCAAAUCCUUCCCAAGCCCCCGCUCUCUCUCUCUCUGUGUGUGUGUGUGUGUGUGUGUGUAGACAUGCACGACGCCCAGUUGCUGUCGGUCAAGGCCGACCAGCAGGUGUCCAUGGUGGAGCACUUCAGAGAAGAACUCUCCAAAUGGGACGUACAGAGACGCAACCACGUGAGCAAGACAGCCAGAUGUAGGGUAGGGCCCACCCUGACUGACGUGAAUUGUGUUGGUUGGCCCACCCUGACUGACGUGCAGGAGUCUAAGCUGACGGAGGAGCUGAGCGUGAUGAAGCAUGACCUGGACGGCUUCAGAUACAACCUGGAGAGAAAAGACACCACCAUACAGGGUACGGUACAUAGCGCAUACGCACUGUGGCUGUCUGGCUGAGGACGACGCCCUUCCCCUCUCUGGUGUGUCAGGUCUUCAGCGUGCGGUGGAGCGCGCCACCCAGGAAGUCAACCGCCUGAUGGACGGCCAAGACCAACUUAGGUAUGUAUCCACAGCCAAAGGCCACUUACUGACUGCCCAAGGCCACCCCUUUCUCUCCCUGUGUGUCUGUGCUGUGGUUGCAGGCAGUACUCGGAUGAGCGCAUCGACCUCCAAUCCAAGCAGCUCAGCGACUUCAGAACCGAGACAGAGGUAUGUGGCUGACACACCAACAGCAAGUCCAUCAUGAGUACACAGAACUGUCCGUGUCCGUGUCCGUGUCUGUGUGUGUGUGUGUGUGUGCAGGUGAAGCUUGUGGCGGUGGAGACCAAACACAACGCCCUGGCGGACGAGCUCUGGGGAGAAGAAACAGGACUAGCAAAGGUCACUCAGCAACCCUCCCGCCCUCCAUCUCCAUCUCCAUCUCCAUGUCUCCCUUACUCCCUCCUGUGCAGGUGACUGGUGAGCUGAACAAGUCCAACCAGAUCGUGAGUGCGCUCAACGAGGAGGUCAAGCGCAUCGCCCGCUCCAAGGCGUCCACCGCCGACUUCGAGAAGCUGCAGAGCGAGGUCAAGGACUCCAUCGAGGAGUCAGCCAGCGCCGUGGCCACACUCAAAACAUCCGUCAACUCGGCCGUGCAGGUCAAGUGGUGCAGAGACAGAAGAGAUGUGACAUUGUGUGUGUGGUGUGUUGUGUGUAUAUCAGGAGGUGAAGGAGCAUUUCCGCACGGCAUCCAACACCAUCGCCGCACACAACGCAACCAUGAUGCAGGGUGCGGGGCGGUGCAGUGCGCACAGGCGCACAACUACAACUACGCAGAUAGACCGAUAUGGACACAACACAACACAACACACCCCUGGGGCUGUGUGGUUCUUAUGUUUGUCAGAGGUGCGCGCGGCCUACACGGACGAGCUGACUCAUGCGGCCAAGCUGCGCAACGACGUGCAGAACUUCAUGCACGACACCCAGGGGGCCAUGCAGAGCCUCGAAAAGACAGUCGACGGCAUUCGCUCACAGACUGAGGCGAUGGUCAAGGUGAUGGACUGACUGCAGCAGAAAGAGACAGACAGACAGACAGCCACACAAACAUGUGUGUUGUGUGCAGGAGGUGCGGCUGGACGUGGAGGAGCUCAACAAGAAGCGCAAAAGGGACAAGGCAAACAGCGGUAGGGAGGUCGGUCGAUCAGGUGGUGACAUGGCACCAAUAUAUAUGUGGUGUGGUGUGGUCAUUCCCUCGGUAGAGAUCGAGUUGCGUCAGCUCAAGAAGCGCAUCGGCGGUGUGUACGAUAACAGCGAUGCCGUCCUCAAGGGCAUCGAGCACAUCGCCGGCGUAAUGGCCAUCGUCCUCGAAUCAAACAAGGUCACACACACACACAUACACACAGACACAAUGGCUGUGUGUGCGAGUGGGUGCAUAGGCGCGCUUAUGCCUCUCUGUGUCUGUCAGGUUGCGUGUGCGGUGUCCCUGCAAGACGACGACGACCGACGGAAGGUGGCCUUGAUGGGGUACAAGGAGGCGGGGCAAGGCGGGCCUUCAGCACAACAACCCGGCGCAGCACCCAUAGCUCGCAAGGGCACACAGGCCGCACCAACCGUCAUCUCCGUCAGUACAUCGCCCUGGCAAUGCCUCCACCUUUCAUUGUGGUGUGGCGUGUGUCUCCCUUCCUCCCUCCCUCCCUCACUGAUCAGGUUGACAAUCGGUGUCUGUCGUGCAGCGGUCAGUCUGCCACCGUGCUGGCGGGGUUCAAGAUGGCGUGUCUCCAGUACCACCCAGGCCCUGUGCCCUACAGCGGAAAAGUAGAGACAGACAGACAGACCACCCAGGUAGACACCACACAUAUGGGUGACCGACUGACUUUCAGCAUUACUCUCGAGGAGAGCUCCUUGCCAUCCGCAGCCAGUUGAUUGAACAAGUAAGAAACCACACAGCGUGCCAGGCCUCACACACAACAUGUAUAUAUUGGGACGGGAUGCGCUGCAGGCGUCUGAGGCUCUGCAUCUGGGCCCCGAGGGCCGUGGUGGCGGGCCGAGCGGCGGCAUGAUAUUCGGCAGUGUCGCGGCUGAGGGACGAACGGCGCCAGGCUCGGCCUCAUCCGUCCAGCGGGAGCUCCUACACGCAAGCCGGUCGGUAUACAAACACACACACACAGAUUCCAGAUCAAGACAGCAGAGACGUGGAUUCGUGCGUCACCGCUGCCUGUGUCUCGUGUGUGUCCCCCGUCCAGCAGCCUUGCUCAAUACUCCCCCGGCAGCAUGGGCUUCAACCUCGGUGGCGGGUCAGGCACCAGGUCCUCUGUGCACUCGAGCGCGACGUCGGGGAGCGGCGGGAGAGGGAGGGUGCCCACACCCCUCGGGCAGACUGCUGGUAUGGGUGUGGGUGUGGGUGGGCUGCCCAACCUGCAGUCGGCUAGUGGUGGCAAAAGGACCACCAUCGGCCCAGCCAUGACGGCCAGAUAGAUGAGUAGACAUAUCUCUCCCUUCUCCAAACAGGAGAAGAGAGACCACACCCGUGGUGCAUGCCAUGCCAUGCCAUGGCAGGGCAUGAUUGUAUGGGAAUGCGUAUGCGUAUGCGUAGUGGACCCUAUGUGCUCAACAUGUUGUGGUUGUACUUUUGCCUUUCGU